AUGUUGAAUACUCAUGUGAAAACUGUAUUAAGAGCUCCCCAGUCGAGACCUCCAUUCACUUUUCGUGAUGUUAAGCAAGCAAUUCCACCUCAUUGCUUUAAGCGUUCUGUUCCUCAAUCCUUCUCAUACCUGCUCUUGGACAUCGCCAUUUCAUUUUCCCUUUACUACAUCUCCGCAAAAUGUAUCACAGAACCAGUACCUUCUCAAUUAUACUUUCUUAUAUCUUGGAUUACAUAUUCACUACUUCAAGGCUGUGUCCUACUUAGAAUCUGGAUCAUAGGCCACGAAUGUGGCCACCACGCCUUCAGUGACUACGAAUGGCUGGACGAUGUAGUAGGAUUCAUCCUCCACUCCUUCCUACCAUAUCCUUACUUCUCUUUCAAGUACAGUCACCGUCACCACCACUCAAAAACCAGAUAUCUUCACCACGAAGAACUCGAUUCCCCAAUGCUCAAGUCCCAAGUUCCAUCUUUUUUCAAACACCUCACCAAUCCUGCAGCAAGACUUUUGGCCAUUUCUUCACUUCUAGUCUUCGGCUUACCUACAUACCUUCUUAUCAACUUCCGCAGUGGAGAUCAUGACCGAUUUGCCUUCCAUUUCAAUCCCUUCAGUCAAAUGUUUUCACGUGGCCAACAUGCUCAAAUCUUACCAUCCGAUGCAGGGGUUCUUGCCAUGAGCCAUGGACUACACAAACUCGCCUCCAUAAAAGGCUUCGCGUGGAUUGCUUUUGUCUACGGAGGACCAUACCUCACCCUAAAUGCUCUUCUCAUGGUAGCAUUUAUACUGAACCACACUCACCCUUUCGUACCUUACUACGACUCCUCAGAGUGGGACUGGCUCAGAGGAUCCCUGGCUACAAUUGACAGAGAUUUCGGAAUUUUCAACAUGGUGUUUCAUAAUGCAACAAAAACUCAUGUAGCUCACCAUUUAUUCCCGGGAAUCCCACAUUACCAUGCAGAGGAAGCCACCAGAGCAAUGAAGCCUAUAUUAGGCGAACACUAUCAGUAUGAUGACACUCCAUUUUAUCAGUCACUGUGGAGUACUAUAAGAGACUGUGUCUACGUUGAGGAAGAUUAA